AUGCAUACUUGGUUGCUACCUGCGGUCUCGUUCCUCGUCUUGGUUUCGUCUGAAUGUUUUGCUCAAACGACGACUGUUGCGACUUCGAGCGCCGUUACACCUACAUUUCCUCCGGGAGCGACGGCCACACCUGCGAGGGGUGUAAACUACUGGUUUAGCUUCGGAGAUUCGUACACGCAGACCCAGUUCGCGAACAAUGGAACACUCCCCUCUCCAGAUAACCCAAUGGGCAACCCUCCUUUCCCAGGCUUCACAGCCGUCGGCGGCAUAAACUGGAUCGACCAAGCCACCUUCACAUCCAAUCACUCCCUCGUCCUAACCUACAACUACGCCUUCGGGGGCGCCACGAUCAACGCCUCGCUCGUAACACCGUUCGAACCUCAAGUGCUCUCCCUCGGCGACCAGGUCCACGAAUUCCUCAUGCAGCCCGACGUGGGGACGGGACAGAAGGUUUGGAAGAGCGAGAACGCACUGGCUUCGAUAUGGCUGGGGACGAAUGAUGUGGCGGGGAGCUUCGCGGCGAAUCCUGAUUAUGGACCAUUUGCGGAUUUGUUGAUGGAUAAUUAUUUUGAGUUGGUGCAGGAUCUAGUUGGCGCCGGCCUGAGGAACUUCCUCUUCCUCAACGCCCCAGCAGUCGACCGUACACCGAUGAUAAUCGCCGAAGGCCUCAACGCCACCACCCAAGCGCGCAACGCCGUCAACAUCUACAAUACCAAACUGAACGAACGAAGGCUUAACUUCGCAGCCACCCACCCCGGCGUGCGCACUUUUCUGUUCGACGCCGAUAAGGCAUUCAACACUAUUCUCGAUAAUCUGCCCGCGUUCAAUUUUACGAAUAAUCAGACGGAUUUUGGGAACGAGGGGGAUUUCUGGGGGAAUAAUUUCCACCCGUCGAGUCAGGCUCAGGUUAUCUUUGGCAAUCAGAUUGGGUUCGAGGUGCUGAAGGGGACGGUUUGGUAGACCGAUUGUGGACCAACCUACCACUCAUUCGUUUGACUCCGAAUAAAACCGUCCAGGAGCAUUUCUCAUAUCGAAGUACUAGGACCAGAGUCGAGGCCACACCUUUCGAUAUGCCGUUUAAGAUCGGGUUUCUUCGCUGAGAAUCCUUGGACGGUAUCAUCGAUAUUCUCG